UCCACCCAGGGUCAUGGCUCUCUCCUGCUUUCCUCCGACAGAGGCCCUGACCAUCGUCCUGGUGGGGCGGAGCGGGACCGGGAAGAGUGCCACUGGGAACACCAUCCUCGGGAGGUCCAUCUUCCUCUCUCGGCUGCAAGCCCAGCCGGUCACCAAGACAUGCCAGAAGGGCAAGAGGAAAGGGGCUGAGUGGGACAUCGUGGUGGUGGACACUCCCGGGCUCUGCCCGACGUCCCGUGAUCCAUUCCAGCUGGAGAUGGUCCGCCCCUACGUGCCCACCAGUGGAGGGAAUACGGUUCUGGUCCUGGUGCUGCAGCUGGGACGGGUCAUUCACGAGGACGAGGAGGUGGUGAAGAUGCUGGAGACCCACUUCGGAAAGGAUGUCACGAAACACAUGAUUGUGCUUUUCACCCGGAAGGAAGACCUGGGGGACGAGGCCAUUACCUAUUACUGUGCCAACACAGAUGACAGAGCUGUGAAGGGGAUCAUUAGAAAGUGUGGGGUGGGGCGAGUCUGUGCUUUUAACAACAAUGAAACUGGCCAGGCCAGGGAAGACCAAGUGGCAGUCCUUUUGAAAAUGGCCAGUGAGCUGAUAGGCCCAGGGCAGCGGUUGCCGUUGGCCGAGGCGUCUGAGAUGAACCACAGGCCAUCAGAACUAAAGGUCCUGCUCAUUGGGAAGCGUGGUGUUGGGAAAAGUACAGCCGGAAACAGCCUGGUGGGGAGGCACGUCUUCGAGACCAAGUUCAGCGACCUCCCAGUAACCACGAAGUUUGAGUCUGAGAGCAGAAUGUGGAGAAAGAGGAAAAUUAUGAUCAUUGAUGGUCCAGACUUGUCAUUUUCAGAGGAACUGAUAUCAGAUCUUCGGAAACAAACCCCGGAGGGCCCCCACGCCUUCCUGCUGGUGACCCCCCUGGGCUCCUUUGCUGCGAGAGAUAAGAAGCUGCUGGACACCGUCCAAAGCAGUUUUGCAGAUGAAGUCACUAAGUACAUGGCCGUUCUCCUCACCAGGGAAGAAGAUCUAGGGGGUCAGGAAGUAGAGACAUUUUUGAAGAGCAAUGCAGACCUCCGUGAGCUCAUCCAGAAAUGUGGGGGCCGAUCCAGCGUCUUCAACUACAGGGCCACAGGAGAGGAGGAGCAGAGCCAGGUGGACGAGCUGCUGCAGAGGCUUGUGGACAUGGCAGAGCAGAACGGAGACCAGCCCUGCAGCUUCGGAAAGGAAGAGGCCCUGACCAUCGUCCUGGUGGGGCGGAGCGGGACCGGGAAGAGUGCCACUGGGAACACCAUCCUCGGGAGGUCCAUCUUCCUCUCUCGGCUGCAAGCCCAGCCGGUCACCAAGACAUGCCAGAAGGGCAAGAGGAAAGGGGCUGAGUGGGACAUCGUGGUGGUGGACACUCCCGGGCUCUGCCCGACGUCCCGUGAUCCAUUCCAGCUGGAGAUGGUCCGCCCCUACGUGCCCACCAGUGGAGGGAAUACGGUUCUGGUCCUGGUGCUGCAGCUGGGACGGGUCAUUCACGAGGACGAGGAGGUGGUGAAGAUGCUGGAGACCCACUUCGGAAAGGAUGUCACGAAACACAUGAUUGUGCUUUUCACCCGGAAGGAAGACCUGGGGGACGAGGCCAUUACCUAUUACUGUGCCAACACAGAUGACAGAGCUGUGAAGGGGAUCAUUAGAAAGUGUGGGGUGGGGCGAGUCUGUGCUUUUAACAACAAUGAAACUGGCCAGGCCAGGGAAGACCAAGUGGCAGUCCUUUUGAAAAUGGCCAGUGAGCUGAUAGGCCCAGGGCAGCAGUCGCCAUUGGCCGCGGGGUCUGAGAUGAACCACAGGCCAUCAGAACUAAAGGUUCUGCUCAUUGGGAAGCGUGGUGUUGGGAAAAGUACAGCCGGAAACAGCCUGGUGGGGAGGCACGUCUUCGAGACCAAGUUCAGCGACCUCCCAGUAACCACGAAGUUUGAGUCUGAGAGCAGAAUGUGGGGAAAGAGGAAAAUUAUGAUCAUUGAUGGUCCAGACUUGUCAUUUUCAGAGGAACUGAUAUCAGAUCUUCGGAAACAAACCCCGGAGGGCCCCCACGCCUUCCUGCUGGUGACCCCCCUGGGCUCCUUUGCUGCGAGAGAUAAGAAGCUGCUGGACACCGUCCAAAGCAGUUUUGCAGAUGAAGUCACUAAGUACAUGGCCAUUCUCCUCACCAGGAAAGAAGAUCUAGGGGGUCAGGAAGUAGAGACGUUUUUGAAGAGCAAUGCAGACCUCCGUGAGCUCAUCCAGAAAUGUGGGGGCCGAUCCAGCGUCUUCAACUACAGGGCCACAGGAGAGGAGGAGCAGAGCCAGGUGGACGAGCUGCUGCAGAGGCUUGUGGACAUGGCAGAGCAGAACGGAGACCAGCCCUGCAGCUUCGGAAAGGAAGAGGCCCUGACCAUCGUCCUGGUGGGGCGGAGCGGGACCGGGAAGAGUGCCACUGGGAACACCAUCCUCGGGAGGUCCAUCUUCCUCUCUCGGCUGCAAGCCCAGCCGGUCACCAAGACAUGCCAGAAGGGCAAGAGGAAAGGGGCUGAGUGGGACAUCGUGGUGGUGGACACUCCCGGGCUCUGCCCGACGUCCCGUGAUCCAUUCCAGCUGGAGAUGGUCCGCCCCUACGUGCCCACCAGUGGAGGGAAUACGGUUCUGGUCCUGGUGCUGCAGCUGGGACGGGUCAUUCACGAGGACGAGGAGGUGGUGAAGAUGCUGGAGACCCACUUCGGAAAGGAUGUCACGAAACACAUGAUUGUGCUUUUCACCCGGAAGGAAGACCUGGGGGACGAGGCCAUUACCUAUUAUGUGCCAACACAGAUGACAGAGCUGUGAAGGGGAUCAUUAGAAAGUGUGGGGUGGGGCGAGUCUGUGCUUUUAACAACAAUGAAACUGGCCAGGCCAGGGAAGACCAAGUGGCAGUCCUUUUGAAAAUGGCCAGUGAGCUGAUAGGUAACCAUAAAGAGGGC